GCAGCGGUGGCUGGCUGUUACUAAUGUGGUAGUAACAACUCUGGUAGUAGUGAUACGCGUAGCAACAGUAGAAGAUAGUAGUAGUAGUAGUAUUAGUAGUAGUAACUGCGGUAGGUAACAAGCAGGCAGGCAGACAGACAGACGGGCUAGCAAGCAGGAAGGUGGUUAGCCCGAACUGACUGGCUGGCAAGUGGAGGCAACGACGGAUGCCGUAGAAUGGAGUUUGUAGUGGUGCGCAGUGUGUUGGUUUACGCGCGUUGGAUUUUCGCCUCGAGCGAGCUGUCCAACCAACCAGCCAACCAGCCAAGUGAAGCGGAGGGAAAACGAGGAAGAGGAUUCACGCGACCGUGGGAUCAGAUGUGAUAUCUCUUUCCCCUUCUAUCUGACUCUUCUCUCUUUGACUUUCCAGCUUGAGCUUCCUUAAAGUUUUCUCUAUGUCACGUAUCCGUUAUCCACACCAUCAUAUAAAGAUUACAACUUUAAAACCGUCUUUAUUCCUCGCCUCAUUUUCUCGCAACCUGCUCGCUUUUGCUCUUUCACUUUCAUCUUUCCUCUUUAUACUGGCUAUGAUGCUCGUCCACUUAUGUCCACAUAAAUUCAACGAGUCCAUUGAGCAUAAGCAUUCUCAAACGACUGAUUUUAUUGAAGUUGUGCUUUAAUUUCUUCCAAUCUUACAAAUCAUGUUUAAAACGUAAUUAAAUAUCCAAAUCCAAACUUAUAUUCAAAAACAUAAAUAUUAGUUUAUGGCACACUGAUGAAAUAUUAAAUUAAAUGCCGUGAAUUUUUCAGAACAACUUGUAGACUACAGAAUUAAGUUCUGAUAAUAAUAGCUAUAUAGCAUUACUACUGUAAGCAUUUCUAAAAAUCUUCUAUUUAUUUGUUAUUUGUCAAUAAUUAAUAAUUUGGUUAAUAACUUGAAGAUUAUGUUACAAUAUUGUAUUACAAUAAGUGUACUCAUUAAUACAGUAAUAUAUAGAGCCUUUUCUCUUACCAGUUCAUUACUAGCGUUUAUUGUAUUCGCGUCUAAAAAACAUUUUUUGGCCGUUUGAUCAUUGUGGUUAGAAUUUUUUCAACGUCCCAUUUCUUUCUAAUCUUAAUUUUUACAAACUGGUUGCAUUUCUAAUAAUUCACAAUUAUUACAAUAAAAUGAUGUUUUAUCAUCUUUGAUAAGUUAAUCAAUAUACAUAUGACAGAGAACUCAUAAAGCACAUGAUAUGCAUAUGUUCUUAAAAACGGCAUACGUACAUUUUAGACUUCCGAGUCUCGUUGAACGCGCGCAUAUCCCGCGGGAAUCAAUAUCCGCGCGUCUCCUAGCCUCUCCCCUACACCCCUGUCUUCCCCAGUCUCUCAUCGACCAUCUCUUGCUCUCCCGUUUCCUCUUUCCUCCGCUACAUGGAUUUACCCCCUCACUCAUACUUUCUCAUGGGUGCUGCACCUUCUUCGGUACUGUGCACUGUGUACCACCCCUUACGCAGAGUAGAGUGGAGUAAAGCGGAGAGGAGCGGAAUAGAGCGGUGCGGCCAUCCGCCUCUGAUGAAUGUGAUUUUGAGAAGGGGAGAGCGGAAUACGGCCGCCUGCCUUCCCUCUUUGGUACCUCUACAUCCCUUUCUACCACCCACUCACGCUCUCCCCGCACCAGACUCGAUCCCUCUUGCUCCCUUCACCCCACUACCAUCUUCUCUCCUCUAUCAACUUCCACCACGUCAACCUACCAACCUCUCCUUCGUUUCUCUACUCCGGCAGCUACGUCUCUCCCAAGUCGACACACAACUACAAAACAUUCAAUUUGAACGUAAAGUUAAAACGAAAUGGAUUUUCCACCAUCAUCACGAGGGAUCCAGUUCGCAGCAAUCAUAGAAAUCAAGCAUCAUCCCACCGCGGUCCCUACUUGGAUGGGUAGCCUUGGGGAUUUCCGAGAGAAAAUUUCCGAGACUUUUUGUUGCAAAAAAUGUUUUUUAAAAUGUGAAUAAGCUAUAUUAGGUGACUAGGCUAUACAUGUGAAUUUAUAAAAAUAUUGUUCAUUGGAAUUAUGUGGUGUAAUAAUAUUUAUGUGAAUGUUUUGGAAAAAUUUAUAGAAUUAAAAAGUCCCAAAAAUUAUUUUAAGAGAUUCAUUGGACAUCCUCAGGAUCAAAUUUCAUUAUCCAAAAACAUCCUGAAGAUUUCUGAAUUGGACGGGAUCCGAUAGCGCACGGUGCGAUAGUCCACCAACCAAUCAUCUUAACUUAUCUAACCCAAACAACGGAAAAACUCUAGGCAUCGGCCGUUGUGAGUGGUAGUGGGCUAUCGGUCCCGUGCGCUAUCGGGAUCCGCCCAUCUGAAUUACGAUGUCUUAGGGCUCUACAUAGUGGAUAUUCAGACAUCCACAGGAUAUCCUUAGGAUCUCUUAAGUUUAUCUAAACACAUACUCAGAAUAUUAGAAAAUCUUUUGACAUAUAUCCGCAGGAUAUCCCUGGGAUCAAUUUUCGUUAUGUGGGGUACGCAAUAAUCAAAGAAAAUAAAUGCAAGACGUUUCGACUUAUAAUAAACGGUCUUCUUCAAUACAAAUAAAAACAAGCAUCUGUAACAAUAAUUAACAACAAUGUUUGGUCCUAAUCUUUUAAAUAUCAAACUAACCAAUAAUUACAAACAAUUAUUAAAUCUGUGGAAAAUCCGUGAAGUCAAAAUUAUCCAGUGAUUAUUAGUUAUAAAUUUAUAAUUUGAAAAUAUACAAAAUGAGCUAUUCAUCAUAUUGAAUAUAUUUUUUUUUCAUAUUAAUAUUAUUUUUGAAUUUAAAUAUUAGGAUCAGUCAAAUGAAAACGGAACAGACUUGUAUAACGAGCAUGGCGCGGACGUUGGGAACCCUUUUCUGUGGGUUUAUGGAUGUAAUCUCUAUUAAGAAUUAGGGGAGAACGGCGCGAAUGUUCACCACUGUGUUAUUUAUCUGUUAGAAGUACUCAAAGUGAGGUCAGCGCGUCGUGUGUGCCUCCAACAUCACUAUGGAGGCCGGGAAAGAAGAACAGCGAGGUAUAAUGCGAUUUUUGACUGCGAAAGGGGUGUCAGGUAGUAUAAUUCAUGUCCAAAUGUCUGCUGUAUAUCGCGAACACAGUAUGUCAUGUGCGCGUGUGUUUGCGUGAAAUAAACGAAUUCGAGAAAAUCGUUUAUUCUACAUGUAUUCCUCACUUCGAGUACGUCUAACAAAUAAAUGACACAGCGGUAAACAUUCACGCCGUUCUCCCCUAAUUUCCAAUAGAGUUCACGUCCAUGAACACACAAAAAAAGUUACCAACAUCCGCACCAUGCUCGUUAUACAGUCUGUUCCGUUUUUAUUUGACUGACCCUAAUAAAUUCAAAAAUUUUAAAUAGUAAAUUUAAAAUGUUGAUAUGAAUUCAUUUUUGAGUCACUUUCAACUCAUUUUUUUUUACUAACAAGGGACAUGUCACAAGGGUCCGGCGCCGAUUUGAUUCUCCUUGAAAUAUGUUGUUAAAUACGAAAGUUUAAGAGACCCGUAUUUUUUUAUAUGUGCGGAACCUCAAAUUAUGGGGGUAAAACAUCUCUUCGAAAAAAGAGAAAUUUCUCUUUUGGGGUGAAUUUCAUCGAAAGUAUAAGAGAUAAAAAAAAAUUAUUUUAACAAAUGUUAUACGGUUUAAAGAGUACUCUACAGUUGUAAAAAAAAAUUUUUGUUUAUUUGGUUUAACAAAAUACCCCCACUACCCAAAGUUUUUUAUAUUUUUAAAAUC